AUGGUCGAACUGCGCAAGCGCAAGACGCCGCCCGCCGCCCCCGAGAAGGCCGCCAAGAGAAAGCCCGGCCCCAAAUCGAAGACGACCAAGGCCAAAGCAGCCGCCGCCGACGCCGUGGAGACCGCCGCCGCCAAGGUCGAGGAGACGGUGAACAAAGUCGAGGAAACCGCGACCAAUGGCGCCUCGUCCACCACCAAGCCGUCGACCGCCGCCGCCGGCAAGCCCGAGGUCGGCUCCACGAUUGAGCUCGACGGCUUCGGCGGCGAGAUCGAGACCAACGAUGGCACCAAGACGACACUGAAGAAGCUCGUUGACGAGAGCAAGCAAGGCGUCGUCCUCUUCACCUACCCCAAGGCCUCGACGCCCGGCUGCACAAAGCAAGCCUGCCUCUUCCGCGACUCCUUCGCCCCCCUCACCGCCACCGGCCUCAGCAUCUACGGCCUCUCGGCCGACUCGCCCAAAGCCAACACGACGUUCAAGACCAAGCAGAACCUGCCGUACACGCUGCUCUGCGACCCUUCCGCCUCGCUCAUCCGCGCCAUCGGCCUCGCCAAGCCCGGCAACGCGAAAGGCACCGUCCGCGGCGUCUUCGUCGUCGGCAAGGGCGGCGAGGUGCUCGCGGCGGAGUCGGGCGCGCCCGACGCGACGGUCGACGCGGUGAGGAGGGUCGUCAAGGAGAAGGGCAAGGGCAAGGGCGGGGAUGCCGCCGCCGGCAAGAAGGAGGAGGAUAAAAAGCAGGCGGAGACGGCGGGGGAGGUGGCGGAUGCGGCUGAGGAGGCGGGCGUCGAUGGUGAGGGGAAUUUUUGGAUCGCUGUGUGGGAUGGUCGAGCGGGGAGGGGGAGGGGGAGGGGGAGGGGGAGGGGGUUGCAGUCAAACGACGACGACGACGACGACGACGACGACGACGACGACGACGUGCAGAUGCCCUCUCUCCGUCCGUGUUGA